ACUCUACUUCGAAGUAAAGUAGUCGUGAAGUAAGUUCACUGCCAGUCAAUUAUUAAACUCGUGCGGCCCACACACGACGAUGGCUAGCGCGAUGCGAGCGAAUGUGAUGCGCGUGGCGGCGCGCCAGCUACGGCGCCAGACGCAGUCGGUGGCUGCUUUGCACGUGAACUCUUUCCCCCAGUCGGUGGCGCAGACGCAGCUUCGGUCGAUGAGCGUAUUCUCAAAUAUUAAGAAGACGGUGUCUGGCAAGCUGGAGGAGCGCAACCAACACAAACAGGAGGAGGCGUACAAGCAACAGAUGAUUGAGCUCUCGCAGAAGGACAAGUUCGACCUGAAUGGUUUCUACGACCACCUGAAGAAAAACGCUGAGGCGAGCGGUGCGAGCGGCUGGCGAUCCAUGAUCCCGGGCGUGUCGUCCAUGACUGCUGUGCAGCAGAUGAAGACGUUCAUGGCCAUCUUGGAGUCGAUGGAGCCCGAAUACCGUGAGAACCCGCGCCUCAUUAACGGCAAAAUCAAGAGGAAGAUCUCUGAGAAGGCUGGCCACUCCCCGGAGGAUAUUAACAACAUGCUGCGCAACUACGAGCAGCUGUCCGCUCUCCACAUUUGGUUGGUGAAGCGUGUGGAACGUGGUCUCAGUAUCCCUGAGACCCUGGACGAGACCACGGAGCUGGUGCGUCAGGACCCCACGGGCUUCCCCGCCAGGAAGUUCAGGAUGAAGCAGCGUCGCUACUAAUCAGCACAAAGCACUAGAAGCUCGAUCGUAGCAUCAGACAGAGGUCAACUUCAUUAGCGAGCGCCCUGCUCAAGACAAUUGACCUUUUUUCAUCCAAUCACAUGUCGUUAAAAUGGCUA